AUGGCUUUAGAAAACGCUCCUUGCAGGUUUGUUUACUGUUGCAAACAGGUAGCUCAACACCGUACCUGUUGAUAACAAAGCGAUUUCAAAUCCCUUACAAUAACUCAAAGCAGUCUUCAGUUCUCGACCAGCAGAGAUCACGUCACUCGGGCGCGAACAGUUAGCGCGUGAACAUAGGAUCUGGUUUUUGAAGUCCAAUGGAUCCUGAAAACUCGGAGCUUAACUACUUCCGGAAUGUUAGUGGCUUUGCGGAUCUGUACAGAGUGCUAGUGCACGAUCUGGCAGAUGAUCGGGUUAAACAUCUACCGAUGGUGCAUAGUCCUUUGUGGAUAUUAUCGUGUCUGGGGAUAUACCUGCUGUUGGUUCUCAGAACGGUCCCAAAAUGGAUGCAGAACAGAAAGCCGUUCAGAUUGAAAAGUCUCAUAAUUGUGUAUGACAGUGUGCAAAUUGUUGGAAAUGGAUUUUCGUUGUUUUUGUUUUAUAAACACGGCUGGAGUUGGCGAUAUUUCUACGAAUGUCGAUCACCCGACUUUUCCAACAAUGAGCAAUCGCUAGGAUUUGUACAUGCAGCAUAUUUCACAUAUCUACUCAAAAUUAUGGAGCUUAUGGAAACGGUGAUGUAUGCUUUCCGAAAGAAAAAUAGUCAGAUAAGCUUCUUCCAUGUCUAUCAUCAUUGCUACGCAUGUGUAACGGCGUGGGGAUUCACCAAGUAUGGUGGAGGAAGUAUGCUUAGCUACACAAUCAUGGUAAAUUGUAUAGUGCAUGUUUUUAUGUACACGUACUAUUUGAGUUCAGCCAUUGCGGACAGGUUACCUUUCAGUCUUAAACGCGUGAAAAAAUUUGUAACGACGCUUCAAAUUGUGCAAUUGUUAAGCGUUUUAGUGAACAUCGGUUUCGCGCUGAGACCAAGCUGUGCCAUUCCACUGUUUCAUUGCUUGUUUCAUGGCCCCAACAUGGUGUUUCAGAUAAAAAUGUUUGUGGACUUUUACAGAGCUGCGUACUUAGAGAAUAAAAAAAAAGUUUCAAAUAAAAAUACCUGAAAACGUGACGAUGCAAAGUAAAGCCUUCAACUCAGCUAGUUGUUAAAAGCCGAAAAUCCACGUUUUAAAAUAGAGAAUGUAAAUGGGUCAU